GGGGGGGGAAGGAUGGGGCAGCGGGACCGAAUGUUCAAAGUGCUCGUGGUGGGCGAUGCCACGGUGGGUAAAACAUCGCUGGUGCAGCGCUACGCCAACGACAGCUUCAACCGGCACUACAAAUCCACCGUGGGCGUGGACUUUGCCCUGAAGGUGGUCCAGUGGUCCGAGUCGGAGACGGUGCGGCUUCAGCUCUGGGAUAUUGCAGGGCAGGAACGCUUCACGUCCAUGACCCGGCUGUACUACAGGGAGGCAUCAGCCUGUGUCAUCAUGUUUGAUGUCACCAACGUCAGCACCUUCAGCAACAGCCAGAAGUGGAAGCAGGACUUGGACAGCAAGCUGACGCUGCCGGAUGGGAGCCCUGUGCCGUGCCUGCUGCUGGCCAACAAGUGCGACCUUUCCCCGUGGGCAGUGACAAGAGAAGAAGUGGAUCGUUUCAGCAAAGAAAAUGGUUUUUCUGGUUGGGUGGAAACAUCCGUCAAGGAGAACAAGAACAUUAAUGAGUCUAUGAGAGUCCUGAUUGAGAAGAUGAUGUCCUCAUCCACUGGUGAUGGAAGUGCUGCUGCUUCCUGGAGGGGGGAUUAUAUUAAUAUCAAAGAGACGUCCCCGCCGGGCUGGGCGUGCUGCUGAUGCUCUGACUGCCCCAGCUGCUUCUACUUUCUACCCCUUUUUUUUUUGUCUGUUUGUUUUCAAAGAUAGUGAACUGUCCUCUCUUUAGUGUACAUUCAUACUAAGCAUUGCUGCAAUGGCUUGGAGGGAGGAAUGGAAGGAGUAAGAAAAGGAGCCCUCUUUCUUCCAGCACAGCAGCAGUGGGAGCACGGCGCAGUCUGUGCUCCAGCACAUGGCUGGGAUUCAUCUUUUAAAACGUUGAGCACUUUUCUUCAUCUUCUCCUGUGUGACAGCCUGUGUCAUGCAGGGUGAAGGACAUGGAACGUGUAUUUUUAAUGCUGUUGCACCUUUUAUUCCCCACAACCUUCACCUGAUCCACAGAGGUACCAUUCUGGAGUGCUGCAGUGACCUUCAUUUGAUGCACACAAAGUUGAAGCGUUCUCUCUGCUCCUGUGGGUUCCUGAGGUGGGAUUACAGCAAACCCUUCCCUCUGUGCUCUGGAACUGCACACCUCUGCCAGCCUGUUACCAGAGACCAACGCAUCUCAGCAUUGUCAUCCAAUGUCCUUAAGGUGUGGAUUUGAGAUGUAGCACAGCCCUAAAACACGUGUGUGCUGACUGUGGGGCUGAACAGCACAGACCACAACUUUGUCAAGCAUGGCUCAAUUGCCUUCUGUUCCUUCACCCUUACCCCUCUGUCUAGCACAAUCCUAUGUGUUCUCUUCUGCUGCUGCUUUAUUAGGACACUGGGAACUGAAUGAGGAAUGGGUUGCAAACUCAGAACAGCAGUUCUUUUCACUGUUAGCACACCCUGUGUCCGACCAUCUCACAAAGCUUUGCAAUUGCUGAUGAAUCGCCUUCCCGUUACUGUGCAGUGACUUUGGUGGCAGGCAUGGUGCUGGAAGCCCACUGCUGGUUUAGAGCUCCAAGGGGCAAGCAAAGGAGAAGGCUUUGCAGGGCAAAAGGAGAUGAAGAGACCUGCUCCUCAGCUGCUUUUUUGUGCUUGCUUUUCCUAGUGUAUCCCCCAGGUAUGCAUAGCUGUGAAUGGCUCUUGCCAACCACAAACUGUAAGAGCCCAUUAGAGAGUUACCUUGGAGGAGUUCAUAGGAAGGCCAGUCUGCAAAGCUGCAGUUAUGCAGCACUGUAUGCACUUCUCAUCAGCAUGCUGUGCCAUAGAAUUGUCCUGCCUGUGUUGAGGUUUGGAUUUAAAGUGCUCUUCAAUAAUGUUUUCUCUAAUAGUUUACAUCUCUCAAUGUGCCAAAAGAUUAAAAGACAGAACUUUCCCUUAAGAGCAUCCACUGUCUGUGGAUGCAGUGUAAGAAUAGGAACUGAUUGCCUUCACUAAGCACCAACAAAAAAGCUGAGGUUUUUGUUAUCUGGGGUUGAGAAAGAUAAGGUGUGAGUAAGGGCUACAAAAUCUAGGCCUGAUGUUGUGUUCCAAAUAUCUGGGGUAAGAUUCUGUUGUGCAAAUAUUGCCAAAUUCAGCCUUACAAGCACUUAAAUAUGCCUUUCCCUGUGCCAUUGGAUUAACUGGAGAAACACAUGAAAUGUGUAGAAGUGGUUAGGAGCAAAAUGGAACUGUCUUGUGUUUUACUUCCUAAACGUAGCAGGGAAAAGGGAAAAAAAAUCCUAUGAAUAUUUUUAGUCCUCUAUGAAAUACAGGGAAAUGGGUCUAAUUUUUAAAAGGAUCCAUCACAGAGCUGUAAAAACUUGCGUGUUAUUUAUUGAUUGCUAUAUGUGCUAUAUUUGAGCAAAGGCCACGAGUUAGAGCUGCCCAUACAGGUGAAGGGGCUGAGGCUCGCAGUCCAAGUCUCUGCCCAGGACCAACUGCUGCAGCCACAACAGCUUGGAACUGAGCAGGAACUGCACAGCUGUGGUUUCCAUGGCCUGCCAGCAUGCCGUGCAUCUUACAGGAAAGCAUCUCAUACUUUCUGUACAUUGCUUGGAUACGUACCAGUGCCUUUUUAGUAUCUGGACCUCUGAAUUUUCCCUAAAUGCCUCUCAGAAACAACGAAAAGCCAAAGGAAGAUCUUUUCUGAUUUUCUUAUGUCAUACAUGAUUUCUGUUCCUCCUGUUUUGAAAAUGACCUUUGAUUUCUCCUUCCUGCAGUGCCUGCUUUGACAUUGUUCUCUGUGGUUCUGGUCAAACCAUACCUACUUUGCUUGUUCCACGUGUUUCUCGUUGCUUAACUCUUUAAAUUUGUGGUCACGGGUCUCAGAAAGGCAUUUAGUUAUAUAUUUAAUAUGUUGAUGACAGCAAUCUGUGGAUCCACGUAGAAAUUUAUACUGAAAUAGAAUCAGAAAUAAUGAGGUCAAAAUUGAGCUUUUUUUUUUUUUUUUAAACAGCUUGCAGUUAUGCACAAGUAUUUGAGAGACAGGGUUCUCCUUACUGUAACACUGCAGUAUUAUCAUGUUUAUAUUAUCAUGUUUAUACAAAGAGAAGAAACUGCUGAGAGGUUUUCUCCCUCUCAAUCUGUAACUGAAUGCAGUAUAGCAAAGGUCUGAAAUAAACGAGUUUGACAUUG